GCUUAUGAUCACCUCAAGUGGCAGCACUGGAUUCUGCCACCAAAAAAAAAAAAAAAACAGUCGGCCACGCUUGCCACAAAAAUCAUUCCGGGGGAUCACUCAGUCCGUUCCCCCUUAUUCAUUAUAUUCCAAUAUUGCUGUAGUGCUGUAGUUACCAUAAAAUCAUUUAACAAAAUCAUUUUACGCUUUACAAUUUGCAAUGGCUGAUCUAGAUGAUUUCUUCGCGAAGAAGGAUCGCAAAAAGUCAAAAUCGGUCAAAAAGUUCGCGACUGCUGACGAGUUAGCAAAAAAAUUGGAGGAUACAAAACAAAAAGCUGAUGUCAGGCCGAAGAAGGAGCGGCCAGUGCAGGAAGGAGAAGAGACCGGCCGAGCGGGGGAGGAAGAAGAAUGGAAAGACUACGAAGAACCAGUGAAAGACUACACGGGUCUCAAGAUCCAGGUGCUCCAGGGUAACGCGGGCGCUCAAGAGUCGGGACGCGACAGUUCCGCUGAAGACUCAGCGCCAGAGAACACCAAAAAUAAAGGGCCCUGGAAUAAACCGGUGGAAGUAGAGCAAGCGGCGCCCCCGGCCCCCCCUCCGGAAGAGAAGGUCAAGUCUCAGCCUUCGACGUACGUGCCGCCGCAAUCCCGUAACCGGGACGUGGAACCGGUGCGCAGACACGCGAGCUCCAAGAACGCGCCGGACAUCCACAACGACGACUACUUCCCAGUGCUGGGGGCGGGCGGCAAGCGCGGGGGCGGCUGGAGCACGGCGGGGGGCGGCGCGCCCGCCCGCCCGAGCAGUGUGCGCCAGCCGCUCGCGCUCGGGAACCGCUACACCUCGCUGCAGGACGACAGCUAGCCUGGUUACACUCAGUUUCGUAAGGAGAAGCGGUAAAGUGAAGUGUCAUUACGGACUUGUAAGCAAAGCGUUUAGCUAACUUCUACAUUAUAUCAUACAAACAAGAACAAUGGCGCACUCUCUUUGAAUCCCACCUGCAACAUAUUUAGACAACAGUUGCUAUAUAAAAAAAUAAAAAAGUAAUUAUUAUGUGUACUUUUUUUGACAGAUGUCGUUUUUAUUGUAUAGUCUGUGUUUUGUAGACUUAUAGUUUUAAUGAAUUUUUUAGUCCUACCUAUCAACCUCUUUCGAAUCUUAUCUGUUCUGCUUGAUUUUAUAUUAACUGAAUUAACAAGGCUACUUAUUUAAUUUAAACCUGACUAAUUGUAAGUAUAUUUGAUUGAAAAAAUUAUGGAAACCUGUAUUAAAGAGGUAGUAUUAAAUAUAAAUUAUUUUAUUUAAAAUUGUAAAUAUAUUAGCUAUGUAACUGUAAUAGAGCAUUAAAAAAAAUCUUAUUGUCUUUUAAAAAUUAAAGUAAUUACUAUUUUUAUUAAUUUUCUACAAAUUGUCUUUACCUCUUAACAAUAUUAUCAAGUUGUGGUAAUAAUACUAUUAUAUAUUGGUAGUGAUGUUAUAAUUUAAACAUCAUUUACUGUAAUAAGCUCGAAAACCUAUUUAUCGCUAACUGUCAAACGCGACUUAUCAUUCUUGAGUAAAUUGCUAAAUGUCACAAAGUAUGCCGUUGUUUAAUUACAUAAGACAAUAUGUAUGUCAUUAAGUUGCGUUUGUUUGUCUACAAUUUUUUAGCCUUAUUAUCCUAAUUGUUACCUUAUAUUUUUUUUAUAAAAUUAAUAAGUUAAUUUCAAUGCUUUUUUAUUAUAUAGCAAAUGAAUUAAUUUCAAUGCUUUUUAUUAUAUAGCAACUGAAUAGUGCAGAAUAAAUUAUAAGUGCGCCGUAUAUUCGUUAUUUUCUAUGUUUAUAUUGAUGAACUUUACAUGUAAUUGAAAUAGCAGUGUUAUUAAGUCGUGUGAUGAAGAUUUUGGUGAAACUUUUAAAGAACUAGUGCUCAAGCGUGGAACGACUUAAGAAGAAAAAUGAUAUAAAAAUAGCAACAAGUAAAAACAUGUUUCGGUUACCUCUUGUACAUUUUAUUGUAUUCGAAAUAUAAAUAUUAAAGUUGUCGGGAAAUCAUUCAAAACAUGUUGUACCAUAGUAAUAAAUUAUGUAUUUAAACA